AUGAUUUCGGGCGAUACCAUCCAAGCACGUGCAGCUUUUCUGCGCAAAGAAGCGACUCGGCGAUGGCUCGUAAAGGAUGAAUUACUUUUUCUGCUACUUCACUACAAACUGGUGAGCGUGCCGAUACUUCAGUCGCUCCAGCUGCGGCCACCAAGUGGUACGCUAAUGUUUUACAAUACACUGGAUGUCUCGGGGUACAAGAAAGAUGGCUGGCAAUGGCAAAAGAGAAAGGACAAGAGCGGACGGGUUCGUGAGGACCGUGCGAAGCUUGUAAUUAAUCGAGAAGUCAUUAUCUUGGGAACUUAUGUCCAUUCUGCUGAUACUUCUACUUUUCAUCGAAGGAUUUAUUCCGUGCGAGAUUCAAAGGAGACUAUUGUUCUCGUUCACUACUUUGAUGAGGUGAACAAGGAAGGAACGGGACGUCCAUUUUUGACGGGUGGCAACAAGCCGAGCGAAGGAGUACAACGGUCAUUACCCGUUAUUACAGCAUCAAUGUCGCUUUGUCAGCAAUUAAAUCCAUCUAACUCUACAUCAUCAGAAGAAGAAGCUGAAUGCAUCAUGAAUGGGUGCUUCGAUAUGGACUUUGAGCCACAACCGAUAUCGUGUCAUCCUUCGUCGAUUCGCUCCUCUGACUCGAGUUUGCUGCUACUAAAGGGUAGUAGUAUGGACGGGAUUACGACAGACUUUGGUGUCUACGACCUACUUAAUGACCUGGAUUGUGAAACCUCUUCAGAAAAGAAUAUUUAUGGCUUGGGAGGCCAGCAAACUUUUGAGCUGGCUGAAAUCUCAGACUUUUCACCAGAUUGGGACUUUGGAGAUGGUGGGGCUAAGAUCUUAAUCUGCCUAGCAGCAAAACUCCCAACGAGUCUGUCUCAAGAUCCAAUGAAACUGUUCGUGCAGUUUGGUGCGAAGCGAGUGCGUGCGGAAAAAGUCUCGGAUACAGUACUGCGUUGCUCGGCUCCAAGUUCCCGAGAUCUUGGCAGCGUUGACAUAUACGUCUGUCAUUGGAAUGAAACUUCGCAGCAUGAGAUUGUUCAGCUGUCGCACAAAAGAAAGUUCACGUAUCGAAGUCAUUAUGAAUUGUAUCCGGCACUUGUGGGCGAAAUUGAAACAGACAAACGCGUCUCCGAAGCAAGAGCUAUUGAUUCACUUGAACUUACAGCACCAUAUCCGGUGCAUAACUUUGGCACGGGCAAGCGAGGCCGAUCACCGGCUGUUCGAUUUCAUGCUGUUGGUGGCAGCAAAUGGUCAGAGGAUAAGUCUUCUGGGUUCAACAGGAAUUUGUCGACAUACGUCGAGUCGGAUUUGGACGAGCGACAGUGCAAGAUUCGCGUUGUCGAGCGAUUAUCCGAAUUUCAUCAAGCAAUACGCACAAAGUCCGCGGAGCCUGGCAUUUAUGAUGCAUUUGUAAAUAGUGAUGAUGAGAGGAACAUACCUUCAGAAAAAGAUGAAAAACCAAUUGUGCCGGAUGUGCUGCCACCUUUGGGCUCAUCAAAUAGCCAAGAGGAGUACGCUGUAUCUCAACCGAGCGUACCCGUUGAGCCUUCGGCCACGACAACUUCCUUCAGCGAGACGUGGACUUUGUUGGAAGAUUGUACAAUCGAAGCACUGAGUGACAAAGAGUUGGAGCAGCUUUCCGAAAAACUACUCGAGCGUGUCGUGCGUCAGCUUGUAAAGGUCGCGUACACAAACGAAGAGCUACUUGAGGAGCUCAACUCGCUGGAUGAAGCCGGUUUAAGCUUGCUACACUACGUGAGCUUCUACAACUAUUCUCAGUUGGUGCCUGUACUCGUUGCUCACGGUGCACAUAUUAACCAGCAAAGUACUCAAGGACAAACAGCGCUUCACUUGGCAGCAGGAUGUGGCCACGAUGAAGUAGUCGACGUGCUGUUGCAGUCUGGAGUAGAUUUACAAGCUCAAGACUUUGAUGGUCUUACUGCUGCGGAUCGUGCUGAAAAGUCGGGCCACGCGGACGUUGCUACCAAGCUGCGGCGCCACAUGGGGCACGACAUUUCGAUCGACUUGAGUGUCGUCGAUGGACUAUUCGGAGGAUCGCCGAUGGAUAUUGAUGAUGCCCCGACGCCUUAUAUGGAUGUUGGCGACAUGGGUCUUUUGGAAAGCAAUGACAAUUAUGUACGACCGCCUUAUUCUUACUUAAAUGGUUGUGAGGAUCCUUCUGAGGGUCUUUGUGAGGCAAGCCUAUCGUCGAAAGCGACCUCGUAUGUGGGAGAAAAUCAGGAGCACAACCGAAAACUCUUGCUUGGGGCCUUUUCCACGAUGAGCUUGCACGACAAAUGCGCACUAUCGUUAAGUAUAUCACGAGACUCGGCGGGCCACCCUGCCUGGCGCCAUGAAAGCAUUAUUGGAGAAGAUAUUGUAACCUCUCCUAGUACUAGUAGCACGGGGACACCGGCAGGCUUUGGUUCAUCCCCGGCAAGCAUUGGCAUGGAAGCUCACCUGGUCGGUGCGCGACUAGUACUGUCUGGGGCCGAAAACGAUUCGGAUGUUCAGAGUGUCAUUGCCGAAGACGAGGAAGGUUUAAACAAACUUCAAGCAGCCAUGGAACUCAUGGGCUCGGAAGAGAGACAGUCGUUGGAAGACGAGGUGAUAGUGCUGCAGCAUGGUAUACGCGCAUGGUUGCUCAAGCGGAAUUGCAAGAACAUGCGUGAGGCAACGAAGCAGCUUCGUGAAGCCGCACAAAGUAUCGAGCAGCAAGAAGCCAAGGAGCACUUUUCCCUGGUGGCAAACGAACAAUCAGAGCGAGAGCGUGCCGCUGUGACUGUCCAGGCCGCGACGCGGAGUAUGCUUGCUCGACGAACUUUCCUGCAGACCAAGCAUGUAGCAAUCAAGUUCCAAGCUGCUACACGCGGAGUGCUUUGUCGCAAGAAAUUUGCUCGCAUGAAGGCACAUGCUCUAGCAUCACUGGUUAUCCAGCGCAAUGUUCGUGAGUGGUGGAAUAAGCAGCCGACUGCAUCACGACCAGGAAACCUUGGCAACGACUUCGACAACGAAGAAGAAAAAACUAGACACGGAAGAAGAGAAAACGUCGAUCUCGCUUGA